GUUAAGCUACUGAACCGGGUUUCAUUGUCUUUGAAAUGGAUGACUGUUGCUAUGGUAGGUUGUGAAGCAAUUCGGGUCUAUCUUUGCUGCUAGAGGCCAGAGCAGACACAGCCUUUGUAGUGUUUGAUAGAUUGAUUGAAUUAGUGCCAUGAUGGCUUCUACCAUUUUUAGAAGCAUUCAAAACCACCCUUUGUUGCUGUACCCAACUGCAUUGUUUAGAAGAAAGAAUGGCGUUUUUUAUUGCACUAUGAAAAGCACAGAAGCCCAAACUGCCACUCAAGAAAAGCAAAAGCCCCAAAUAAAAAAUCCACCUCGUACCCAGACCAAAACAAGUGAUAAAUUCUCAAAAGAUUAUGAAGCAGUCAUUGGUAUAGAAACCCAUGUCCAGCUCAACACCCUUACCAAAGCCUUCUGUGGUUGUCCUUACAAUUAUGGGUCUCCACCAAACACCAGUGUCUGCCCCAUUUGCAUGGGUUUGCCUGGUGCUUUGCCGGUUUUGAACUCAAAGGUCAUUGAAUUAGCGGUGAAAGUGGGUCUUGCACUGAAUAGCAAGUUGUCUCUAAACUCAAAGUUUGAUAGGAAACAGUACUUUUACCCUGACCUUCCAAAAGGCUACCAAAUAUCUCAGUUUGAUGUUCCAAUUGCAAGUGGUGGUUACAUUGAUUUGGAUCUUCCUGUGGAAUUUGGCGGGGGACAUAGGAGGUUUGGCAUUACAAGGGUUCACAUGGAGGAAGAUGCAGGCAAGCUGCUUCAUUCAGAAAAUGAAAGUUAUUCACAGGUUGAUUUAAAUAGAGCAGGGGUGCCUUUACUUGAGAUUGUUUCUGAACCAGAUAUGAGAACUGGUAUUGAGGCUGCAGAAUAUGCAGCUGAAUUGCAGAGGUUAGUUCGGUAUUUGGGAGUGAGUAAUGGCAAUAUGCAAGAAGGUUCACUUCGUUGUGAUGUGAAUGUCUCAAUUCGACCAAUUGGGCAAGCACAGUUUGGGACAAAGGUUGAGAUAAAAAAUUUGAACUCUUUUUCAUCAGUUAGCCGGGCCAUUGAUUUUGAAAUUUCAAGGCAGGUGCUUCUUCACAGCCAAGGCCAGGGUGAUCAAAUUACACAGGAAACUCGUCUCUGGGAAGAAGGCGCUCAGAAAACAGUUACAAUGAGGAAAAAGGAAGGGCUUGCUGAUUAUCGAUAUUUCCCAGAACCAGACCUUCCAGGAGUUAUCCUUACUAAAGAAUAUGUCAAUAGUAUCCGUGAUUCAUUGCCAGAACUUCCAGAAGUGAAGCGUCGGAGGUAUGAGAAGAUGGGCCUGAGCAUGCAGGAUGUUCUUUUCCUUGCAAAUGACGUUAAUGUUGCAGAAUUUUUUGAUGCAACUAUUGCAAAGGGAGCUGAUGUGAAGCUGGCUGCCAAUUGGAUAAUGGGUGACAUUGCUGCUUACAUUAAAAAUGAAAAGUUGACCAUAAAUGAGAUAAAGUUAAUCCCCCAGGAGCUAGCUGAGUUGAUAGCUUCAAUAAAAGGUGGGACCAUCAGUGGGAAAAUUGGGAAAGAGAUACUGUUUGAACUACUGGCCAAAGGUGGAACUGUCAAGGGACUAAUAAAAGAAAAGGAUUUGGUUCAGAUAGUAGAUCCUAUGGAGAUUGAGAAAAUAGUAGAUAAAGUGCUUUCAGAGAACCCAAAGCAGCUGGAGCAAUAUCGUGGGGGCAAAACUAAGCUACAAGGUUAUUUUGCUGGCCAGGUAAUGAAACUGUCAAAAGGUAAAGCAAAUCCAGGGCUUCUAAACAAGAUCCUUUUGGAGAAAUUAAAUGCCCAAAGCUGAUGAUUUUGUUGGUUCCAUCAUAGAAACUGGUCUAUCCUUGGGUAUAGAUAGAUGAUGCGCUUACUGGAGGCAAAUCGGUGUUGUCCCAGUGAUAUAAGUUUGCUGAUGAUGUCACCCCAUGAGCUUUUCUGAUGAAUUAUAUAUCCCUGCCUACUGAUGGUAGAAGAAUAUUGUAACUCUGACUGACAUGUUUGAUCUCUACUUCUGAACUCAUAAUACUUCACAGCAGCUUGCAGUUUACUUCUGAAAUCAUAAUACUUCGCAGCGAAUUGCAGUUAUACCUGUUCUGCAAGAAACAUGGAAUAGAAUUGUGUGGAAGAGGCUGGUGGUGUUACUUGCUCGUCACUUAUAUAUUCUUCUGUCACUUGAGCGGCUUUCCGAAGUGGGAUAGAUUAAUAGUGAGUUGUAAGCUCAUUUUGUUUUAGUAUUUACAUAUAAAUCUUGUAGGAAGUCAAGCACUAUACUCUAGACUUCCAUUUCUUUCUCUUGAUGAUUAUAAUUUGGUGGAAAGGGUUAGUAUGUUAUUGUUACUCUGCCCAUUCCAAUCUUUCCAAAUACCUUCUUGUUUCUUUCAGUUUCAUUUUGAAUAUAUUUGGUUGGCUGUGGCCUAGUAAAUAUUAAUUGAUGCUUAUUGAUAA